AAAAAACAAACCACAAAGCAAACAAUAAACAAAGAAACUCAAAGACACAAAGAAAAAAGUCUUUAAAAAACCUUAAAAUGGGGAAAGGAGGAAACUAUGUGACGGUGGCAGCUUCGGAGGUGGAGGAGCUACGGAGGAAGAACGGAGAGAUGGAAAAGGCUGUGGAGGAGAUGAGGAAAGAGAUGUUGCAGCUGUGGCGGAGGACGCAGGUGGCGGAAGAGGCGGAGGAGCGUCUCUGUUCUCAGCUAGCCGAGCUUGAAGCUGAAUCUUUAGACCAGGCUCGUGAUUACCACUCUCGCAUCAUCUUUCUCAUGAACGAGCUUUCUCGUCUCUCUUCCGACUCAGCCUCCGCCUCACCGUAGAACAGCACAUGUAGAUAUAUAGGUUCUUCUUUAGUCUUUUCUUGUUUAGAUUGUUGGAUGUAUCCUCCGAUAUGUAGAGUUUUGUUUUGUUAUAUCGAAAGUGGAUCUCUUCGAGAUUUCUAUAUAAAU